CUGAUGUGUUUGGCAAUUGUCAUGUAGAGCAUAAAGCAGCUUCAAUAAUUCCACCGUCUCUUAUCAGAAAAACGACGAAAACACCUCCAUCCAUCGAUUAAAAAAUUAAAACAUCUGCAUAAAAAAAAGGAGAAACUCCUCCUAGUAAAGUUAUCAUUCUUUUACUUAGUAGGAUGAGAGAGACAACGUCGAUAAAGUGCCAAACCAGCAUCGAUGAUCACCUUAAUCACACCCGAACACCCGUAAGUAUAGCAUAAGCAUAGUAGUAGUUUAUAAUAGAUGGAUAUAACCGCCCCCACACCCUCUGAGAUUUUAAGGUUUGAUCUUCGUCCCUCGAGGCUCCAUCUCAUCUCUCUUUCGAAUUGAAACUUAACUCAAUGAAAGAAGACUUUGGUUGCUUAAGGAAUCCAAUUGCCCCCUUUCCCCAAUCCCCAAAUCAAGCUUCUCACUCUUUUCCUUCUGUUGUGGUUGCUUGAGGCUAUUCAUUUAUAGUAAUAAGCAAAGGGAUGUGAUGUGAUACGGUAAUGAGAGAUGGAAAGGGAUGGUUACGUGGUGCCGGCGGACCCUCCGGCGGUGACUUCCGUCAAGAAGAAGACGCAGCCUGCCAGGAGUUGGAUUCUUGUCGACGCUACGGGACAAGGCACCAUUCUCGAUGCAGACAAACAUGCUAUCAUGAAUCGCGUUCAGAUUCACGCGCGCGAUCUCAGGAUUUUAGACCCUCUCUUGUCUUAUCCCUCCACCAUUCUCGGUCGUGAGGGGGCCAUCGUUUUGAACUUGGAGCACAUCAAGGCAAUUAUUACUUCCGAGGAGGUUUUGCUUCGAGACCCCUUGGAUGAAGAUGUUAUUCCUGUUGUUGAGGAACUUCAAAGGCGAUUGCCUCCUGCAAAUGUCAUUCGUCAAAGUCAAGGAGAUGGGAAAGACCACACUGGUGGACAACUUGAUGUUGAAGCUGGUGAAGAGGAUGAGUCACCAUUUGAAUUCCGUGCCUUGGAGGUAGCGCUGGAAGCCAUUUGUAGUUUUCUAGCUGCACGUACAACAGAGCUGGAGACUGCUGCAUAUCCUGCUUUAGAUGAGCUUACCUCCAAAAUUAGUAGCAGAAAUUUGGAUAGAGUUCGUAAAUUGAAGAGUGCAAUGACGAGGUUGACUGCUCGGGUACAAAAGGUGAGAGAUGAACUUGAACAGUUACUUGAUGAUGAUGAUGAUAUGGCUGACCUUUACCUAUCACGAAAGCUGGAUGGUGUGUCUUCACCAGUCAGUGGCUCCGGUGGUGCGAAUUGGUUUCCUGCUUCCCCUACAAUUGGUUCAAAAAUUUCUAGAGCAAGUAGAGUAAGUUUGGCAACAGUUCGCGGAGAUGAGAAUGAUGUUGAGGAGCUUGAAAUGUUACUGGAGGCUUAUUUCAUGCAGAUUGAUAGCACUUUGAACAAAUUGACCACGUUGCGAGAGUACAUUGAUGACACAGAGGAUUACAUUAAUAUUCAGCUUGACAAUCAUCGAAAUCAGCUGAUUCAGUUAGAGCUCUAUCUGAGUUCUGGAACUGUUUGUUUAACCAUAUAUUCCUUGGUGGCUGGAAUAUUUGGCGUGAACAUCCCAUACACCUGGACUGACAAUCAUGGUUACAUGUUUAAAUGGGUGGUAAUUGUCACAGGAGCAUUCUGUGCAUCUCUGUUCCUAGUUCUAAUAACAUAUGCUCGCUACAAGGGCCUGGUUGGAUCUUGAAAGGUCUCACGUUCUCUGCAGUCGACCGAGCAAGAUUAGCUCUCUAGUUCACGAGAGUAAACUGUCUCUCAUUUGUUGAUGACAAUUAGCUAGCCGCAGCUGUCUCUCUCUCUCGAGAUGAACAGGGUAAUACACAAACAGCACAACCUUGCACCCACUUGUGCUUGGUCCAUGGGCUAGAAAUACAAAGGACAAAAACACACAAAAUUCAAGAGAUGCGAGGCUUCUGUGAUGGUCAUUUCCUCUAGCAAAUCGAGGUGCAUCAGAAUUCCAUUCAAGACUUGUCCAGAUAGCGGCAUGUAUUUCGUGUUUUUUAAGGCAACAUAGCGCUGCCAGCUAUGUUGAAAAUAUUUGAGACAUUAACAGUGAGCUGCCAAUUGGUAGCAGAGCCCUGUUAUGGUCAGUAAAGUUGGCUCCUGCGUUGCCAAAUGCCACCUUGGCAAGGGAGAGAGACUUCAUCACAGGGAUACGUUAAGAAGACGGGAUAAAAACAUAAUUCUCAGCUAGCUAUAGCUCAAUGACAAUGAGCCCACCGGCCGCCACCGUAAUUGGAGCAUCUUUCUGGUGACCAUUUUCGAUGAUCAUCAUCCUUGUUUGUUAAUUUGUCUAACACAAAUCCAGAGUCUACGUGACACAUUUUCCAAGCAUGAAAAGUAAACGAUGGCGACCUGCCGCAUAGAACCAAUUUGAUUGCCUCACAUGUGGACUGUUCAUAUAUAAGCAAUGAGCAUUACGAACAUGUUUGGUAUUCCGGUAGCUGUUGUGGUUGUGAUUUGAAAAAAAUUAUUUUAUAAAAAGUAUUUUUAAUUGA